AUGGCCAACAUUGGUGACUCACGCGCCGUGCUAGGCUCGAGGGACAGUGGCGGCGGUGGCGGCAUGGUAGCCGUGCAACUGACUGUUGACCUCAAACCGGAUGUUCCCAGCGAGGCAGAACGGAUCAAGAAGUGCAGGGGCAGGGUAUUUGCUCUGCAGGACGAACCGGAGGUGCCGCGGGUCUGGCUGCUGUUCGACGACGCGCCAGGCCUGGCAAUGGCCCGGGCGUUUGGUGACUUCUGCCUCAAGGAUUAUGGUGUCAUUUCGGUUCCAGAGUUCUUCCAUUGGUCGCUCACAGAGAAGGACCAGUUCGUCAUCCUUGCAUCAGAUGGGGUGUGGGAUGUCCUUAGCAACCAGGAGGCUGUUGACAUUGUGGCAUCAUCCCCAAGCCGAUCAAAGGCUGCAAAAUCCCUUGUCGAGGCCGCUGCUCGUGAAUGGAAAACCAAGUACCCGACAUCAAAGAUCGAUGACUGUGCAGUGGUUUGCCUAUAUUUGGAUGGCAAAAUGGACCAUGAACGUGACUCGACGGCCUCCAUGGACAACAUCAGCCUCGACGAAGGUUCAGUCGCAGACCCAAAUGAAGCUCAGGAGCAGGAGCCAGCGCUGACCCGCAACUUCACGGUCAGGACAGUAGCCGGAAGCGCCCAUGAGAAGGCACUGUCGGGGGCGGUAGAUGCUGUUGUCGCCGGCGCAGCCCACGAUCAGAAUUGGUCGGGCCUUGAUGGAGUGACGCGGGUGAACUCGCUCGUGCAGCUUCCCAGGUUCUCCGAGGAGAAGGCGAUUGGCUGA